AUAGGUGCCGCCCUUCCAUUUCUUUCCUUUCGAUUCAGAUCUUUUGCGCCAUCGAAAGGAAAAUCCAUUCCUUUCUUAGCCCAUAUUUCCGUUACUUGCCCCCGUUUGAUCCAACCACCCAAAUAAUAAAGACGGAAGCGCCACCAAGGGUGACCAUGGACGUUUUGAGAUUCGUGCGAGGCGUCCGGCCGCCGGCGCCAGCCGCCGUGGCCCCGCAACCCCCGGCCGUUACGUCAGUAUCUGCCGCGCCGGCUCCCUCGCCGCACGUCGCCGCCACCGCCGCCGCCGCCGCCUCCCCGGCCCCCGGCUUCCACUCCCCACUGCUGCGGCUGUGGCCGCGCCGCGGAAGCGUCAGCGAGGGCGAGAUUGACCGGGGGGCCGCAGCGGAGGCAGCGAGCGUCGAGGAGACGAGGGAUCGGUGGCGUCAUGGGGAUGUGGAGACAGAGGAGGGGAGGGACGGCAACUGGGUGCUUCAGAUAUUGCGCGUGCAGUCGUGGUCGAUGGACGACGCGGACCGCCGCGGCGAGGACAGUGCGGUGGCUGACGCGGGCGAGGCGGACAGGGGCGGCGAGCGGUGCGUGAGGUGCGGCACCGGAGCGGAUGGCGAUAAAGGCUGCGCGGUGGGCGACACGGUGGAGUUCGAUAGGGCGGCGUUCUCGAGGUUGCUUCGGAAGGUGUCGCUCGCGGAGGCGAAGUUAUACUCCAAGAUGUCCUACCUCUGCAACUUCGCGUACAUGGUCCCCCGGAUCAAGCCAAAGUAUCUCCAGAAGUACAACAUGAAGUUUGUGACAUCGUCAGUUGAAGAGAGGGCAAAAGUUCCCAUCCCUCGUGAUCAGAAGGACCAAAAGCUGCAGGACAGGAAGAAUCUAAAAACUGGCAUUCCCUCGGAGGACCAGGAAUCUAUAUGUGUUUCUACUCAAUCAGAAAGAAAGCAGGAGAACGAAAGUGGCCACCGGAUAAAUCCAUUGGCAGCUUACCAAGUUGCUGCAUCUGCUGCCUCAUAUCUGCAAUCUCGAGCCAUGGGAGUUCUUCCCUUCGGUUCUCAGAGUGAAGCUAGGAGCGUUCCAACUAUCCAGACCAUUGUUAAUGGUGAGCAUGCUGAAGGUUUGACUAUGGACGAGGCUUCAUUUGUGGCCACGACGAAUUCAAUGACCUCAAUGGUCGCUGCAAAGGAGGAAACAAAACAAGCUGUUGCCGAUGAUCUGAACUCUUCAAGAUCUUGCCCUUGUGAAUGGUUCAUCUGUGAUGACAAUCUAAACAGCGCAAGAUAUUUUGUAGUUCAGGGCUCAGAGACAAUUGCUUCCUGGCAGGCAAACCUUCUAUUUGAACCCAUUAAAUUUGAGGGUCUUGAUGUGCUCGUUCACAGAGGAAUUUAUGAGGCUGCCAAAGGAAUAUACCAACAAAUGUUACCAUAUGUCAAAUCUCACUUAAGAAGUCAUGGUAAAUUUUCAAGGUUACAAUUCACUGGUCAUUCUCUCGGUGGAAGUCUUGCUUUGCUUGUGAAUCUGAUGUUAUUGAUGAGAGGAGUAGCUCCAGCUGCUUCUUUGUUACCUGUCAUAACAUUUGGUGCACCGUCCAUCAUGUGUGGAGGUGAUUACUUGCUUGAAAAGCUUGGCUUGCCAAAAAGUCAUGUGAAGUCCAUUACUAUGCACCGAGACAUUGUUCCUCGAGUAUUUUCAUGUCACUACCCUGAUCAUGUUGCUAGCAUUCUGAAGCUUGUAAAUGGAAACUUCCGCAGUCACCCAUGCCUCACCAACCAGAAGCUUUUGUAUGCUCCUAUGGGUGAGGUACUUAUAUUACAACCGGAUGAGAAGUUCUCCCCACAUCACCACCUUCUUCCACCAGGCAGUGGUCUGUAUCUCGUCGGUGGCCAAAAAAUGGAUUCAGAUACCUCAUCCAGAGUACUGCAAUCUGCAUUGUCUGCUUUCUUCAACUCCCCACAUCCCCUUGAGAUCCUGAGGGAAGGUGGUGCCUAUGGCCCCAAGGGUACCGUCUACAGAGACCAUGAUGUACACUUGUAUUUGAGGUCCGUACGAGCUGUGCUGCGAAAGGAGAUGAGAACUGAGAGGGAGAGGCGACGACUCCUGCAGUGGCCCAUUCAGGUAUAUGGUGUAGUCACGAACAUUGAUCGGAGGCAUGUGCUGAGGCAGCUCCAGAGGCAUGCGCACUUGCUGGUCGUUUUCUUGUUGCCGGCAAAGCUGCUCUUCCUGGGCGUCCUGUCAGUCAUCAGAUCUCAUUGAUCCAUCAGUUUGUACAUUCGAUUCAUUCAUUCAUACAUAAUUCUUUCAUCAAAUGUCAAAUGUGAAAAAAAUUGUGUCAAGGGAUAGAAUGAGACAUUGCUCAGCGUUGUAUGAGCAAGUGUCUAAAAAAAAGUGUUGUGUGAGCAGAGGUCUGAAAAAAAGUGUUGUAUGAGCAGAAGUGAAGAAAAAAGAGAGACUCAGAUUCAUAGCGCAGCUUGGAGAUAGUCAAGGCUAAUUUGGCAGAAUUGCCUCUGAAAUGCACCUAAAAGGGCAUUGCUGAUUGUUGAUUUGCUGGCUAAGCAUAGUUGAGAUGAGCACGAAACUACAUGUACAUGUCUAGUCAACUGUUCAACAUGGGUUGCUUAGAAGCAACUAACUAGUCGACGUCUCCGCAUGGUUUGCCUUGAAAGAAAGUUCCGGGUGCUUUCUCAGCUGUCCCAAUCGUUCAGUGUUCUAAAUGCAAGCAAGGUAGGCAAACCACGGAUCUUUCCGAGCCCUGCUUACUUCAAGGCCACCCGUUUACUACAGCUAUAUUUGCAGUAAGUAGAAGUCCGAAUUUGUUUUCUAUACAUCUGGAGUUCAUUUUUUUU